UUUCCGAGCCACGCCUGCUGGAGGGGCGGACUGCGAGCUUGGUUUUCUCCGCCGUCGCAGGAAACCUACAACCCUGUCUUUCCCGCUGAAGCCCCGACGCGUCAGCCUCGGUCUCACGACUUCCGUUUGCCUCGUCGUCUGGGAAACGCCGACUUCCGUUCGCGCCGCGGUGGGCGGAGCCAAGAUGGCUGAGGAGAGGCUCGCGACGAGAACUCAGUUUCCUGGAUCUGUUGAAUCUCAAAAAUCUCGCCCGAAAAAAGCUACAGAGUUCCCUAUUUUGGAGAAGCAGAACUGGCUGAUCCAUCUCCACUAUAUCCGGAAGGAUUAUGAGGCUUGCAAGGCUCUUAUCAAAGAACAGCUUAAGGAGACCCAGGGGUUGUGUGAAUAUGCCAUCUAUGUGCAAGCACUGAUAUUUCGUCUGGAAGGACAUAUCCAAGAAUCCCUAGAGCUCUUUCAGACCUGUGCCAUUCUCAGCCCUCAGAGUGCUGACAACCUCAAGCAGGUGGCCAGAUCACUAUUUCUUUUGGGAAAACAUAAAGCUGCCAUAGAAGUAUAUAAUGAAGCAGCUAAACUGAACCAGAAAGAUUGGGAGAUCUGCCAUAACCUUGGGGUUUGCUACAUUUACCUGAAGCAGUUCAACAAGGCUCAAGAGCAAUUGCACAGUGCUUUACAGCUCCACAGGCAUGAUCUGACUUACAUCAUGCUGGGGAAGAUCCACUUGCUGGAGGGAGACUUGGACAAGGCCAUUGAAAUCUACAAGGAAGCGGUAGAGUUCUCACCAGAAAACACGGAACUUCUUACAAGUCUAGGAUUACUCUACUUACAGCUCGGCAUUUACCAGAAGGCAUUUGAACACCUUGGAAAUGCUCUGACUUACGACCCUACCAACUACAAGGCCACCCUGGCUGCUGGCAGCAUGAUGCAGACUCACGGGGAUUUUGAUGUUGCCCUCACCAAAUACAGAGUCGUAGCUUGUGCCGUGCCAGAGAGUCCCCCGCUCUGGAAUAACAUUGGGAUGUGUUUCUUUGGCAAGAAGAAAUAUGUGGCAGCCAUCAGCUGCCUGAAAAGAGCCAACUACCUGGCCCCCUUCGACUGGAAGAUUCUCUACAAUCUGGGGCUCGUCCACUUGACCAUGCAGCAGUAUGCAUCAGCUUUCCAUUUCCUCAGCGCGGCCAUCAGCUUCCAGCCCAAGAUGGGGGAGCUCUACAUGCUGUUGGCUGUGGCCCUGACCAAUCUGGAAGAUGUCGAGAACGCCAAGAGGGCCUACAUAGAAGCAGUCCGCCUGGAUAAGUGUAACCCUUUGGUAAACCUGAACUAUGCCGUGCUGCUGUACAACCAGGGUGAGAAGAGGGCUGCCCUGGCCCAGUACCAGGAAGUGGAGAAGAAAGCCACUCAGCUGAAGCACAGCAGCUCCCUGGAAUUUGACUCUGAGAUGGUAGAGAUGGCCCAGAAGUUGGGAGCAGCUCUCCAGGUUGGGGAGGCACUGGUCUGGACUAAACCUGUCAAAGACCCCAAAGCGAAGCACCGGACCGCUUCAGCCAGCAAGCCGGCCACUUUCCAGCAGCCCCUGGGCUCGAAUCAAGCUCUUGGACAGGCAAUGUCGUCAGCAGCUGCGUACAGGAAGCUCCCUGCAGGCACUGGUGGAACAUCCCAGCUCGCAAAGCCGCCGUCUCUUCCUCUGGAGCCAGAGCCCACCGAGGCAGCAAGGCCAGCUGACGCUGCUCUUCCAGUAGAGGCGUCAGAACCAAUCAGGGACAACUAGGAGGCAGCAGGCCCCAGAGUAGGCUUUCUUUGGCUUGAGUGUCCUGGCUGAGGAAAGGUCACGUGACACAGGCAGUGUGGAGGCCAGCACCGUCCCCUGCACCACAGAAUCCAGCAGAAUCCUGGUGGUGAGGCUCAGGAAGAGCUGAGGCCCCUGCAGCGCCCCCCAACAACCCCCUCUGGCAAAGAUCUUUAGGACUGAGCAUGAGGCUGGUGGUUCUGUAUAGAGGCAGCCAGCUGGCUCUGGGGCUGUUUGCUGUCAAAAGGACUUUUACCUCCUGGAUGACUGACCCCCUUCCUUUGUGCAGGUAAAACCUCGGCUCUGGAGUCCUGGGGACACAAAGCCCGGGCUAAGCUACAUUAGCUGCUAACACAAACAAAUAUUGGGUAAAGACCCCAGCUCUAAUAGCCUACACUUUUAUUAAGAAGAGAGAGGGGAGGGGGGUGGGGAGAUGAAAACCACUGUGUGAAUGGAGGGCUAACCGGAUGAUUAUCCCAGCUGAGACCCAGAAGUCCCUGUCCCUUCUGUUCCUGGGAGCCAGAUCAUGUAGGCAUGAUAAGAAGUGGGAACCAGAACUGGGCUGGGAUCAGCACCAGGGGUUACAAAUCACCCCACCACCAAACCAAACUUAGCUGAGGAAUUUUACCUGAGACAAUCAGUGUGUAACUACUGACCGAUGCUACCAAGACAUUAUAGCUAAUUUUAAAGAUGAUCAUCAUCUCCAUUUUAGGGAGAGUUUUUCAGAUGUUGACAUUAAAAAUCGCAAUAAAAACUCUUUAAAAAACUUA